UUGGAGGAGGAGGAGCCCUCUGGGCGAAAGCGGAAAGUUUCAGAAACUAUUUCGAAGCUCAACAACAUACUCUUUUAUUUCGUGACCUACCGGCGGACUAUAGAAACCCACGAUGUCUAAAAGAGUAGCUGUAGUGACAGGCGCAAAUAAAGGCAUCGGACUCGCGAUUGUUAAAGGACUGUGCAAAGCGGGUUUUAAUGGGGAUAUUCUCCUUACUGCACGGAACGAGAAACUCGGACAAGAUGCGGUUGCUGGACUGAAAUCUGAGGGAUGCAAUAACGUGAUCUUCCACCAACUUGACAUAUGUGACCAAGGAAGCUCUCUGAAGCUGAAAAAGUUUCUGCAGGAAAAGUACGGCGGCCUGGACGUUCUUAUUAACAACGCGGGAAUGGCCUUCAAACAUUCGGCAACGGAGCCGUUUGGAGAACAGGCUGAGGUGACCAUGCGCACAAACUUUUGGGGAACGCUGUGGGUGUGCCAUGCUCUUCUGCCGAUACUUCGACCCAAAGCUCGUGUGGUCAACGUGUCCAGCUUUGUUAGCAAGAAAUCCCUUGACCAGUGCAGUGCUGAACUGCAGGCAAAAUUCCGAAAUAAAGAUUUGUCUGAGGAGGAGUUGUGCCUGCUGAUGGGAGAGUUUGUUCAGGCCGCACAAGCAGGGGAUCAUACGGCCCAGGGCUGGCCGAACACUGCAUAUGGUACCACCAAGAUCGGUGUGACUGUGCUAUCGAGAAUCCAGGCUCGGGUUCUUACCGAGACGAGGCCGGGUGACGGUAUCCUUCUGAAUGCUUGCUGUCCGGGAUGGGUGCGGACAGACAUGGCCGGAUCAAAUGCUAGCAAGAGUCCAGAGGAAGGGGCAGAAACUCCUGUUUAUCUGGCAAUGCUUCCUGAAGGAGCCAAAGAGCCACACGGACAGCUAGUGUGGGACAAGACUGUACAGGAAUGGUAGGGUGAAGAGGGCAGGCGUCAUCGGUUCAUUCCAUCUGCAAAGAAUUUCACGAUUACAUCUGAUCCAAAAUAUGCCGACAUGAAAAGAAUACUGUUAAUGUUAACUUCUGCCACAUUAAAAUACAUUGUAAAAAAAGCUCUAACUUGCUACAGUUUUCUUAAAGGUAAUUCUGUGAUUUAUAGAUGAGAUAUAAGCUGACCAUAUCUUAUUUUCUGUAUCUGUUCAGUGUCUAUGGUCAUUUUGUUUAUCUAAGACAAACAGAUUUUGGCAGAUUUUCACAAAACUUACCAUUGAGAAAACCUACACCUCUGUAUACAUUCCUAUUUUGCGAAGCAUAUAUUUAGUAGACAAACAUUUGUGAGCUUGUGAUCUUAAACUAACCAAUAAAAAUGAUUUGCGGUAA